AUGGAGUCACGGGUGACGAUACGUACGAGAUUGGGUUCUUCUGAGAAGGAGACAAUUUUACCUUUUGAAGAGGGGUACUAUGGAGGUACUGAAUCUGAGAAGGAGACAACAACUUGGAACUCAGGUUGUGCUGAUACAGAUGAAGAAAUGAGUGACGCAGAGGAAGCAGAACUUAAUCAAUGCAAUGAUUACAAUGCAGUACAUGAAUAUGUUGCUAGUUUCAGUGAUGACAUUGCAAGUGAAGAGUUUGUCCGAAUAGUUGAUGAUUACAAUGUCGGGGGUGGCUUUUGUGUCAACGGUGACAUAACUGAGAUUGAUGAUGAUUUCAGUGAAAAAAAUCAGCAAGAGUUUGAACAAUUUGCAGAACAAGAAGAAGGUAAUCAUUAUUCAGAUGCAGAUUACAAUUUGCAAAGUGAUCAAGAUGUACCAUCAUGUGAUCUUGGUGAUUGUGGAUGUGUAACAAUUGAACUAGCUCAGGAGAUUUGUCCUAAAUAUCUAGAAGUCGAGACCAUCGGCUACAAGAAACGUCAAAGAGCUAGAAAAGGUGCUGUUAGAAGUAAUUGCCGCAAUCCAAGAGACAUGGGUGCUAUAGAAAUAGCUUUGAGGACAUCAGGAAAUCGAAAAAAUCAGCCCAUAUUUGAACCAGUUCGAGGUAUGGUUUUUGAUUAACGUGAGGAAGCAAGGGAAUUCUAUAACAUGUACUCCUGGGAGAUUGGGUUUGGCAUAAUAUACAAUCGAAGGCGUAUGAAUGAUGACAAGUCAUAUAGAUCAAUGCAGGAAAUAUGUUGCCACCAAGGGGGGUCUGACAGCCGUGUCCAGGCAGGGACAAAGAAAGUUAGAUGCAAAGCAAGAAUCAAGCUACUUCGUACUGAUGAUGAUGGAUGGUAUAUCAGUGAAUUUGUGAAGGAGCAUAAUCAUGAGCUUGCUGAAAGCUAUGCUGAAAAGAGGGAGUGUCCGUCACACAAGCAGCUAGAUCAGAACACACUUGAUAUGAUCAGGUAUCUACGUGAAAAUGAUGUCAGCCAAACCAAAGUGCGUUGCAUAAUUAGUAGGAUGUUCGGAAGUCUUGGGGAUGCUCCUUGCACCAAGAGAUCCGUACGUACAAUAUGUAACCAGCUUAAAAGGGAGCAGAUGGAUAAUGAUGUGAUCAAGAAAAUAGAGAUUUUCAAGGAAAUGAAAGAAAAAGACCCAGGAUUCCAGUGGAGUGUUGAGCUGGGUGAGAAUAGUACAAUCAAAACACUAAUGUGGUGCAGUGGGAAAAGCCGUGCACAAUAUUCUUGUUUUGGUGAUGUAAUCACCUUUGACACGACAUAUUGUACAAACUUCUACAACAUGCCAUUUGGGCUUUUUGUUGGUGUUAACAACCACUUCCAAAGUAUAAUAUAUGCUGGAGUGUUGAU